UCACAUGUGGUUGAGUUUGCAGGGACUCUAAGGGUGGAACCCAGAUAUGACCAGAAAGUGUUGCAGUCAUGGCCAAAUUGUUUGCUGUGGUGCUGCUGGUCCUCAAUGCUCUGGGACCAAAUACAGGAAUCAAACUGGAUGGAAAUGUAUACACUGACAUUCUCAUAGCCAUCAACCCAGCUGUGCCUCAAAAUGAUGAGAUCAUAACUCAAAUAGAGGGAAUGAUUAUUAAUGGGUCAGCCUAUCUGUUUCAAGCUUUAGACAACAAGGUGUUCAUCAAGGAGGUGAAAAUACUCGUACCACCCAACUGGAAUGGAUCAUACCAUAAAGCAAGAAGAGAAACCUAUAAGAAGGCCAAAAUAAUCAGUGAGCCCUCACACCCUUCAUUUGGUGAUGACCCAUACACUAAGCAGAUAAAAGGUUGUGGAGAAGAGAGCGAGUACACUCACUUCACGCCAAACUUCCUCUUAAACGACAAUCUUCUUGAUGCAUAUGGGCCCAGAGGCAGGGUUUUUGUGCAUGAAUGGGCUCACCUCAGAUGGGGGGUGUAUGAUGAAUAUAAUGAGAAAGAGCCAUUCUACUUUUCUGUUACCCAGGAGGUUCAACCAACAAGAUGUACCAGGGAGAUAUCUGGACAGUUGUAUGAACUGAUCAAUGGAAAUACUCUGCCUUGCCGCAAUAAUGUGCUAACUGGGUUACCUACUAAGGAAUGCCAGUUCUAUCCAGACAGAGAGCAAAAAACAAAUGCUUCGAUAAUGUACAUGCAAAGCAUAAACUCUGUGACAGCAUUUUGUCAUGAAGGGGAACACAACACUGAAGCCCAAAACAUGCAGAACCAGAAAUGUAACAACAAAGCUACACGUACAGUGAUUUUUCAAGACUCUGUAGACAAAGACGCCCUUCAGACUUUAAAACCUCUACAAUCCCCACCAUCAGCUCCAACAUUCAGUGUGAUCCAGAGGCGGCAUCGUGUCAUCUGCCUCAUCCUUGAUGUCUCUGGAAGUAUGCAGGGCGAGAGGAUACUUCGACAACGGCAAGCUGCUACAUUGUUCCUGAGCGAGAUUGUGGAGGAGGGGGCACAUGUGGGCAUUGUGAAGUUUAGCACUGGUGCAGACAUUGUAAACCCAUUGAUCGAAAUAGAUGGCAAAGCCUCAAGAGACAGUUUAAUUAAAAAGCUGCCAACAAUUGCAGCUGGGUCAACAAACAUGUGUACAGGACUUGCAAAAGGCUUUGAGGUACUUAAGGAAGACGAUCAAAAUACAAUAGGAGAUGAUGUCAUUUUUCUGACUGAUGGUGAAGCAACAGAUAAUAUUGCAGGUUAUUUAGACUCAGCAGUGGCCACUGGUGCAAUCAUCAACACUUUAGCACUUGGUCCGGAUGCCUCUAACGUUCUGUUAACCAUGGCAACUCUAACAGAUGGAUCAUUUGUGAAAGCCAAUGACUCUUUGCUUUCCAACCAACUUGUUGAAGCAUUUUCUUCAUUUACAAUGUCAGAUGGAGAUCCCAUCAAACAGACAAUUCAGCUUGUGAGUACUGGAAAGGUCCCUCAUGAUUGGUUCAAUGGAACAGUGCCCUUUGACCACACUGUGGGAAACAGCACCACCUUUACAAUUAUCUAUGAAAGAAGUGCACCCAUUGUGUACAUAGAGACGCCAAGUGGUUCAGUGUAUGAUCAGACUCAUAUCACUGAUAUUGCAGAUACAAAGACAAUCACUUUAAAUAUUCCUGGAACUGCAGAGACUGGAGACUGGAAAUACAGCUUCCUCAACAAAGAAUCAACUGCUCAGACUAUGACUUUAACAGUAACAAGUCGGGCAGCCCGUAAUGAUGUUCCUCCAGUCACAGUUCAGGCCCAAAUGAACCAGCAAACCAGUGAUGGCAGUAAACCCAUGGUAGUGUUUGCUGAGGUCAGUCAGAAUCGCAUUCCUGUGCUGGGAGCUAAAGUCAUAGCCACUCUGCAGUCAGAUACUGGACAUUCAGAAAACUUAUACCUCCUGGAUAACGGAGCAGGAGCUGAUAAUUUCAAGGAUGAUGGCAUCUAUUCUAGAUAUUUUACAAAAUUAAGGACUGGAAGGUACAGUCUGAAAGUGGAGGUAACAGACCAUAAAGAAGACACAAAGAAGAAAGUUUUACCCAGCAGAUACAGUGGUGCUCUGUACAUUCCUGGAUAUAUUGUGGAUGGUAAGCUACAGCUAAACCCCCAGAAGCCCCCAGUGAGUGUGCAGUCAGCAGAUGUAGGCAGCUUCACCAGAACAGCCACUGGAGAGAGCUUUGUGGUGAGUGUGCCCUCAGGUGUAACCCCGCCAAACUUCCCUCCCAACAAGAUCACAGAUCUGAGUGCUGAAAUCCAGGAGGACACUGUGCUUCUCAACUGGACGGCUCCUGGGGAGGACUUUGAUCAAGGAACAGCUGAAUCCUAUGAAAUAAGAUGGAGCAAACAUUUGGAGAUGCUUCUGAACAACUUCAGCAAUGCAAGUCUAGUAAACACAUCAGCACUCCAACCACAAGAGGCAGGUUCAGAUGAACAGUUUUCUUUCCUGUCUGGUAUCACAAUCCAAAAUGGAACCACACUGUUCUUUGCUGUUCGGUCAGAGGACAAGGAGGCAAUGAAGUCUGAGGUAUCUAAUGUUGCUCGAGCAACAAAGUUUGUACCAACACCCAGACCACCAGCAAUUUCAAAUCCAGGCCUGAACCUGACUGCUAUAGUGGUCUCAUUCUGUGCGGUAACCAUAGUGGCAUGUGUCAUAGCUGCUGUAACCACAUGCGCAAUGAAACGAAAGAAGAUUAUUACAGUUUGA